UCGAUUUCAAGGCACGAUCGAACAAAAAAGUAACAAGAUGAGGCGCACCAUCUCGGCCAAAGUUUCCUUUUUAUUUAUUUGUUUAGCAAGUUUUUCAUCUGCUGUGCAGUUGGUAAAGGGACCAACAAGUCAAAGAGUGACUCAGGGACAAACGGUAACAUUAGAAUGUAGUGUGUCGUCAAUACAAGCGGGAGAGUCAAUUGUUUGGAAACAUGUAGAUCUUGGGGAAAAAUUUGUCAGCGUAAACCAUUUGCUCUAUGUAACCGAACCCGAUUUGCGACGAAGAUAUUCUGUGAUUUGGAACAAUCAAAAGCGAGAUUUUCAUCUAAAAAUUGUAGAUUUAAAAGCCAUCGACGGAGGAAGCUAUGAGUGUGGAUACACUGAUUCAAGGCAGUCAUUUAUAAGACUUGCAGGAGCCACAAUUACGGUCGAUGUACCGAUGGAAGGUGCCCCUGUUUGUGAUGCGCAACCAAAAACAUCACAGCUUGGAGAUACAGUAACCUUAAAAUGUUCUGCAUCCGGCGGAGUUUCUGCUCCAACGUUGAUCUGGGAAAGCAAUGGCAGAGAGUUAGCGAAGCAGAUAGGAACAUCGUUUUUAACCUUUGAUAAGCAAAUGCGACAGUCUGAUGUAGGUGCCUCGUUCAUGUGCAGGGCUAUUUCUAGCCUAUAUCCAACUGGUCCGUUCUGUACUAUAACACCUCUCCCUCACCCACUAAGCGUAACAAUUCGUGCUAAUGCACCAUUUUAUAAGGUAGGAGACAACGCUACUUUUUUAUGUACCGAACAUUCAGGAGCGCCAAAUGUGGAAUACGCGUGGCCUAAAGUUGAUAUUCAAAUAUUAAUGAGCAGACGCUAUCUACUUAAGGAUAAUAAUCGCGUUUUAACUAUUAUCAAUUUGGAAGCGGAGCACAACAACUCAAUUCUAGAAUGUCAAGCUAAAACUGCAGACAACCGAGUAAGUGAGGGCGCUUCUAUGGCGAUCAGAAUCCUAAACCAGAUCGUGACCACUUCAACAAUUCAACCAACAGUGCUGUCGCCAUUUAAAGUUGAGAAAAACUCUCUUCACCCAGCAGUUAUCGUCGUGUUUGUUUUAUUAGUUGUUGCAAUUGUGGUUAUCUUGGCUUUGGUGUUGAUCAGAUAUUCAAGAAGAAAAUCUCAACAGUCAUCUCUCAUGAAAAUGGGAGGAAAAUAAACAACGCCCUCUCCACAUCGUCAGUGCUACAUGGUAUUUUUUUAUAUCAUUAUAAAUAAUUUCUGAUAUUCACCAGCGGAAUUUACUUUUAACAUGUACAAAUACUGCAUACUAAUACAAAAUGGUAAACCAAAACACCUCAAAAAGGAGCUCAAUAUCCUAAAUUAUUUCCAUAAUAGAUAGGCCUACCAUAUUUACAUUCAACUUCAUAUACCGUACUGCAUCUGUUAGGUUGAGCCUUUUCGUUAGCGAUUUGAGUAUCAAGGCCUAUACAAUUUCAGUUCAUCGGCUAUAUAUGAAGUGCUGGAAGACUAUGCAAUUGCAGCAUUCAUUAGAACUACAAGAAGAGAUUUCCACACAAAUAUUCAUUUAUAUUUGUUUUCAAGAUCUUAUCAGAACCAACACUUCAAACCUGAAAUCACAUUCAGAAUUCUUUAUUUUGUUUUAAAGGAAAUUACAGCUGUAAGUGCAAAAAUGCAUCGCAGGGAAAAAAGUUUGAAAACACACAUCAAUUAAACGGUAUACUAAAAUGUUUGUGACGGUACUGUUUAACAAGUUUAAAUUUUAUAUUUACUGGUUGCUAUUAAAACUUCUUAUGGAUUAUGAUUACAUUAUGAUAGUUAUUAGUUUUGGAUUUUAACCUCCUACCAUGGACCUAUUAUGGUAUCCAUUGAUAGAGAUUAUUUAAAGAAUGAGUAAUAUCGUUCAUUAUACAUUUGAUUUUUUUUUAUCUCGUACAAUUAUGCAAGUAAAAUGUCCUUUCGUAAAGGUUUUGUUGAAGAAAUAUACCACAAAAUAAUGAUGUUGUCAUUUAAUGUAUCAUUUAGACGGUUUGCAUUUGUAAAUUGGAUUCAUAUAAAAGCUUGACUAUUAAGAAAACCAGUAUUUAAACUAUAAUAAUUAAUUACCGGUAUUUAAGAAUUUAACAUCAUGAUACAUGUACGUUACUUCAGUUGAUCUGAACUAAAAGUAAUAUCGAGGUUAAAACGCCCUCUGUGUUUAGAGUCUUGUACAAUACAAUUGAUUUUAUACGCUCUUAAACCAAACACAAACAAGUUUUUUUUAUUUUGUCAUUUAAUAUUUAGGCAUCUAUGCCCAACAAUCUAAACCCACGUCUAUUUAUGGCUGGAAAUGUUUCUUGAUAAUGUCGGCAUAACUAUUGAUUAUCUCAACUUUUUUGUAAUACGGGAUGAAUGAAUAGAUAUUUUGUAAUACUAACGAAUAAAAGUAAAAUGUAUCAUACAGUUAUAACAAAUGAAUGACCAUGAAGAGUUAUGUUGUAUAAAUCUUAACAGAGUUUACCAUUUAGUAAUACUGUAUGUUCCAAUUUGUUUAUAAAUUUGAUGAAUAGGCCUAAUAGUGAAUAAAUUUCUAAAUAUUUUUUUAAUGUAAUACAAUUAGUUGUGAUAGCCUAUGUAGUGAUAUAAUAUGAUCACCACACAUUUUCUAGAAUAUUUAAAUGUCCUCUUAGUUAUUUUAAGAUAAGAUAAACUUUAUUGUUCCAAAAAAGGAAAAUUGGUAUUCGCAAUAAUAUAAUACAAUUGGCAAUAAAAAUAUUAAAACAAUGAUAAAAUGCAGUAAAAUACAAUAAUUAAAAUAUGGAAGAGAUAACAAACAACAACCAUUUUGUGGUGCGAUAAGUCACAACGAAUUAUUUGUUAAAGUGAAUUGGUUAAUGAUUUAAAAUAUAUAUUUUAUGAUAGUUUAUUAUAAAAUGCAGUAAAAUACAAUAAUUACAAUAUGGAAGAGAUAACAAACAACAACCAUUUUGUGGCGCGAUAAGUCACAACGAAUUAUUUGUUAAAGUGAAUUUGUUAAUGAUUUAAAAUGUAUAUUUUAUGAUAGUUUAUGAUAAAAUGCAGUAAAAUACAAUUAUUACAAUAUGGAAGAGAUAACAAACAACAACCAUUUUGUGGUGCGAUAAGUCACAACGAAUUAUUUGUUAAAGUGAAUUGGUUAAUGAUUUAAAAUGUAUAUUUUAUGAUAGUUUAUGAUAAAAUGCAGUAAAAUUACAAUAAUUACUAUAUGGAAGAGAUAACAAACAACAACCAUUUUGUGGUGCGAUAAGUCACAACGAAAUAUUUGUUAAAGUGAAUUGGUUAAUGAUAAAAAAUGUAUAUUUUAUGAUAGUUUAUGGGGUAUAUUUUUAGCUAUCUUGUAUGAAAAACAAGAAUUAGGACACAAUAAUGAUUAAAAAGUCAUUUUUUUAAGAUAGUA